GGCUGCGCAGGGCAGGCCCUGCCCUGCCCCGCCCCGCCCACCGGGGGGCUCGGCGCCGAGCGGCGGCGGCUCGCUCCCGUGCGCGGCGGGGCGAAGGGGCGGUCGGGGCCAGCCAGUCCGCGCCUGACACGGGGGGCCAGACUGAUGCUUUGUUCCUUGCAUUCCCAAGCCGGGCCCAGCUCCUCUUGCCAAGCACCGCAGGGUGAAGAGAGACCGUUGAAAAGAACAGCCCAGUCGGCAUCUCUCAAGUGCUGGUGGCUGGCGCAGGGCCCAAAGUCCCCAGCCUAGUGCAUGCAAGUAACUGUCUGAUAUAGACCCCUGCCUCAGCAGUCAACGGGAAGACGAUGAAGUUGUAGACAUGCUUCCCUACGUGAUUGCCACCCUGGGCUCAGCAGGGGCCACCUGCAAAGCCUCCACCUGCAACAACAGCACCAAGGAUUACUGCUACAGCGCCCGCAUCCGCAGCACUGUGCUGCAGGGGCUGCCCUUUGGCGGGGUGCCCACUGUCUUAGCCCUUGACUUCAUGUGCUUUCUUGCACUGUUGUUUGUCUUUUCAAUUCUGCGUAAAGUUGCUUGGGACUAUGGACGUCUGGCCCUGGUGACUGAUGCUGACAGGCGCCGACGCUGGCAGACGGAGCGAGAGGAGCGGGAAUACGUGGCCUCUGCUCUACACUCUGACAACCAUGACCGCUACGAGCGCCUCACCUCCGUCUCUAGCUCUGUGGACUUCGACCAGCGGGACAAUGGUUUCUGCUCCUGGCUGACAGCCAUCUUCAGGAUAAAGGAUGAUGAGAUCCGGGACAAGUGCGGGGGUGAUGCAGUACAUUACCUCUCCUUCCAGAGGCACAUCAUUGGGCUGCUGGUGGCUGUGGGUGUGCUCUCUGUGGGCAUCGUGUUACCUGUCAACUUCUCAGGAGACUUGCUAGAAAACAACGCUUACAGUUUUGGGAGGACAACUAUUGCCAACCUGAAUUCUGGGAAUAACCUGCUGUGGCUGCACACGUCUUUCGCCUUCCUGUACCUGCUGCUGACAGUGUACAGCAUGCGCCGACACACCUCCAAGAUGCGCUACAAAGAGGAUGAUUUGGUGAAGCGAACUCUUUUCAUCAACGGGAUCUCAAAGUACGCUGAGCCAGAGAAGAUCAAGAAGCAUUUUGAGGAGGCCUAUGCCAACUGCACUGUUCUGGAGGCUCGUCCCUGCUAUGAUGUGGCCAGGCUGAUGUUCCUUGAUGCAGAGAGGAAGAAAGCUGAGCGUGGGAGAAUCUACUUCACCAACCUGCAGAGCAAGGAGAACACCCCGUCCAUGAUCAACCCCAAGCCCUGUGGCCACCUGUGCUGCUGUGUUAUCAGGGGCUGUGAGGAGGUGGAGGCCAUUGAGUACUACACUAAGCUGGAGGAGAAACUUAAAGAUGACUACAAGCGGGAGAAGGAGAAGGUGAACGAGAAGCCUUUGGGGAUGGCCUUUGUCACCUUCCACAAUGAGACUAUUACAGCCAUAAUCCUCAAAGACUUCAAUGCUUGCAAGUGCCAGGGCUGUGCAUGCCGUGGGGAGCCCCGGGCCUCCUCCUGCAGCGAGUCCCUCCAUGUCUCCAACUGGACAGUCAGCUACGCCCCCGACCCACAAAAUGUCUACUGGGAACACCUUUCCAUCCGGGGCUUCAUCUGGUGGAUCCGCUGCCUGGUUAUCAAUGUGGUCCUCUUCAUCCUCCUCUUCUUCCUCACCACACCUGCUAUCAUCAUCACCACUAUGGACAAGUUCAAUGUCACCAAGCCUGUGGAGUACCUCAAUAACCCCAUCAUCACUCAGUUCUUCCCCACCCUGCUGCUGUGGUGCUUCUCUGCUCUGCUGCCCACCAUUGUGUAUUACUCUGCCUUCUUCGAAGCGCACUGGACCAGGUCUGGAGAGAACAGGACAACCAUGCACAAGUGUUACACCUUCCUCAUCUUCAUGGUCUUACUGCUGCCUUCACUGGGCCUGAGCAGCUUGGAUGUGUUUUUCCGCUGGUUAUUUGACAAGAAGUUCCUGGCCGAAGCUGCAGUGCGAUUUGAGUGUGUGUUUCUGCCAGAUAAUGGGGCCUUCUUCGUGAACUACGUCAUCGCCUCUGCCUUCAUUGGGAAUGCCAUGGACCUGCUGCGCAUCCCUGGCUUGCUCAUGUAUAUGAUACGCCUCUGCCUGGCCCGCUCAGCUGCUGAGCGGCGAAAUGUCAAGCGACACCAGGCCUACGAGUUUCAGUUUGGGGCCGCUUAUGCCUGGAUGAUGUGUGUCUUCACUGUGGUCAUGACAUAUAGCAUCACCUGUCCCAUCAUUGUCCCCUUUGGGCUCAUGUACAUGCUGCUUAAGCACUUGGUAGACCGGUACAACCUGUAUUAUGCCUACCUGCCUGCCAAGCUAGACAAGAAGAUCCAUUCGGGGGCCGUGAACCAGGUUGUGGCAGCCCCCAUCCUCUGCCUCUUCUGGCUUCUCUUCUUCUCCACCGUGCGCACAGGGUUCCUGGCCCCCACUUCCAUGUUCACCUUUGUGGUCCUUGUGAUCACCAUUGUGAUCUGCUUGUGUCAUGUCUGCUUUGGGCACUUCAAAUACCUCAGCGCUCACAACUACAAGAUUGACCACACAGAGGUGGAUGCCAUAGAAAGCAGGCAGAACGGGAGACCUGCCACCAACCUGCCGGCUCCUAAAUCCGCACAGAAGUACAUUGCCCAAGUGCUGCAAGACUCUUCACCGGAGGGCGAAGCAACCGAGUCUGAGGAGCAGGGGUCCCAGGAUGAAGAGCUCAUCAAUGCAGAUGGCAUGAACGACACGGAUUUCCAGUCGUGUGAGGACAGCCUGAUAGAGAAUGAGAUCCACCAGUAGGGACCUCCAAAGAGAAGGAAGGGAAGGAGUCCCAGGUGCCAGGCAGGCUGCCGCACACGGAGACAGAGAGAGAAAAAUUGAAUGAAGUGAGCAGGCAGAGAGGGUGCCAGCCGCUGCCAUUGCCCACCCCCCAGGGCCACUACCUUUAGCGAGGGCAGGGGCACUGAGGCUCUCCAUUUCCCUGCCUCCACCUCUGCUACUGCUCCCUCAGGCACCCAGCUGGACAGCUGUGAGGGGCGUGCUCUUUACUAGCCACCUUCUUUAACACAUAUCCAGACUGCACAACCCCAGGGGCUGGGGAGGAAGGUGACUUUGACCCCUGCUGAGCUGCUUUUGUGAACCAGGAGGACCCAAGGAGAGCAGGAAAAUUGGGUGCUUUGUGGGGACGGGGUGAGCACUGGGGGUGGGGGAACCUUCAGGCCCCAUUGGGACUCUAGGGAAGGCCCCUCCAUCCUCCUGACAAGAAACGGCAACACUAAUAACUUCUUAGAUUUACAAGAAGGCAACAAACACAAAGCUUUAACUGACCUAUUGGGAGUCCCCAUUAGUGAAAGGCUGGGAAGAGGGGUGGCUUUGAGCCACUAGGGAGCUGUUGUGUCUGUGCAGAGCUGCCCUGCCUUCUCUCCAUGGCCAUGUGUGCCCUUGCUCAGCCUGUGGCUGUCCCUUGCACCCACCUCCUGUGCUCCCAUCGCCCCACCCCCCCGGGAGGGUUACAGCCUCGCCCUUGGUGGGGAGCUGCUGUCACCCACCAAAAGCCCUGUGGGGCUGGCGAGGGCUAGAGCACUGGGCUGAGCGGCUGGGCAGCCCUGUGCAGGAUGAGGGGUGCCGAAGGCAUUUCUCGCAGCUAGAAGGUGGCGUGGGCAGCCUCUCUCCCAGACGAUGCCCCCUGCCCCUCCCAAGGCUCACAGUUGGGGGCAUGGUGCAUCCUUUUAAGUAGCAUUUUUUUUGCACAUUUUUGCUCCUCUUUCAAACAAAAAUCAACCUGACCCCCACGUGCUACCCCAGCCCCCUGUGCUGCCCUGUGUCUGCACAGCCGCAUUGGGCACAGGGAGGACUGGGUUGGGGGGGGGGUCUCCUGGGUGCUAUGGAGAGGGGAAAAGGGGCCUGGACCACAGAGCCCCCGGCACAUGCAGCGUCGGCAGUGCCUGGUUGGUGCCGGGCCGCUGCCUUCCCUGCACCUACAGGUCUUGGCUCGAUGCAGUAGGCAGUCAGAGAGGGAGGGAGCCCCAAUAAGCCCACCAUUUUCAUGAGGGCAAGGGCCUCAUGGGCCUGUGCUGGCUUUAUUUAUAUGUUUCACCCCUGUGGGCUGGACAUGGGCUCGUCUGGCAUCACCCAGCCUGAGAGGGGGAAGCCGUUCCUUCCCAGUCUCUGCCCUUGCUGCCCUCCCUGGUGAUGGCCAUGUCCUGAAGACAGGGAGAGGACAGGAAGGUUGCAAGAGGGGCCCUGGCCCCGGGGGCAGGUCUAAGGCCCAAGACCUGCAGGUGGGAGAUGUGGACUGGAACCCCUGGUGCACACAGGGAGAUUUGGCCCUAUUUGAAGGUUCUUGUGAGGAUGUUUCUGGUCAGGAUCAUUUGCCCUUAGUUGCUUCCUCCCUUUCCCUUGUGUAAAAUGUAAAGGAAAAGAAUAAAUCUCCCUGCUAUUGAGCUGUAUUUAUUUCCCUGAAUCCCCUGCCACCAUCUUGUUUGGUGCUCAUUGCUGACACUUCCACCUUCCCUUUGCCUGUCUUCUGAGGGCUGCUCUGCCUCCAGCUUGCUGGAGCAAUGCUUGGUGCCCUGCAGGGUCUCCUGGGGCUGGGGGGAAGAGGACAGUCAUUUACCAUUUUAUUCACCAUUUCUGGGCCCAGAGCUCAAAGCACUUUAUAGACCCAAAUGACUGAAGAUUGAGCCCUUCCAGCUCUCUCUGGGGAAAGGCAGUCACAACCUAUUGCUUCUUUUCUCCCCUUUCCCCUGUUAGAGGAGGGGAUCCUGAGGCACAGAGCAGGCACAGGGCUUGUCCCAUGUCACAUGGCUCCGGGAAGGAUGUAGCUGACUUUUCCAUACACCUCUCUAAUAGGAAUUCCAGGCCUGGAGGAACUAGGGGGCAGAGGGGAAGAGAUGUGGGUCUUGGAGGCAGGGAGAGGGCAGGCUGUGGCCAUCCCCGAGUGGCCAGACUGGGGCUGAAAAAUGUGCAGGGUGCGGAGAGGCACGUUGGUGGUCACCCGUCCCCUCCUGGGACAGGCUAGAAGUGAAAUCAGCAUGCGAGAUGAGCGCUCCCAGCGUGGUCCCAGGCUGGAGUGGGGAGGAUGUUGAUCCUGCUUCCAUGUUCCUGAACCCAUCUAGCAUCCUUCUCUCCCCACCCCAGUAUGGCAGGCUGGCUGGGAUGGCUCCAAUCUCUGCACGCAUGGUUGUGGCCCCAGGGCUGCACCUGUGGCUGUUGGGGCAGUGGCCAGGCUCUGCCUGCGGAGACCUGCGUUCUGAUUGGCACUGUCUGUAGAGAUGUGUAUAAAACCCUGUAUAUAUUUGUGUACAAAAGAAAAAAGGAAAAAAAGGA